AUGCUUAAGGAAGAUUAUGGUUACCCAGAUACUCUUGACUUUAGUGACAGAUAUAAAGAAGCUAUUAGAAAGUUCAAGGAAGGAAAUACUGACCCGAACCUAUUUAGCUUUAUGGUUGAGCAUCAAAUCGGAUAUAAUCUCAAACCUGGAAAAUACAAGCUCGCUAAGGGAUAUGAUUUAAUAGCAUAUCAUCCAAAUGACAUGAAUGAAUUUACUCCGAGAUAUUUGAUGUCAGAGCUAAAUGAUAAUUCAACUCUCUUCAUGAAACGCGUAAAAAAUAGAGACGGAACGAAAGAAGAAAGGUUUAUGAGUCCGGAUGACUUAGAUAGGGAACUUGUUAAAAACGGUCUCGGAAUAUAUGAAAUGCCAGCAGAUGAGGUACAAGAAACUCCACAGGAAGAAGUUCAGAUACAACCAGACAUGGAAGAAAUAGUUCAGCAACAACAGCUAGAAGAGCCUGAAGGAAACGAACAAGUCCCUCCUUUGGAAACUAACUUCACAGAACUAGAUGAAGAUUUGGAACAGCCGAAAAAUCUUGACCCUCAACAAGAGUAUGAGGUGAAUAUGGAAUCUUUCCAAGAGUCUAAGAAAAAUUCGGCUGACAUAGUAGAAGAAUAUCGAAAAAUGUUCACCGACAUACAAAAGACUCCAACAUCAGAUGAAAAUAUUCAGCAUAGAAUGGAAGUACUGAAAGAAAAUGUACGCAAAUACAAUAAUCCUUUUUACUUACGACCAUAUAACGUUCAAUCUUUGGCUGAACUCG